UUUAGGGAAGAAAAUUUGAAAAUAUUGUGGAUUAAUAAUCUAAAUAUGUUGUAUCAAAAAGAAAUUAGAGAUAGAAUGAAGUGUAAAACUGCCCAGUGUUGAAAUGAAAGAAAAUACUAUUGCCAAAAGCAUGAAAGAAUGAUCUGUGAGAGUUGAGAUUUUCAUAUUCACUACAACUGUAAACCCCAAGAUGAGGAGGGCAAAUCCGACUCUAAAGAUGCUACAACAGUUUUUGAAGUACCCUCUAGACAAAAUCUUCAAGACAAAAUUCUGGGAAUUCAUCAAGUCCUUUACAUUUUCAACACCCACAAGAAAAACAAGUCGAUGGAAGAAGUAGAAAAUUUUGAAGAAGGGCUAGAAUCCUUUGUCACUGAGUGGAACGAAAUCGAAGAAAGGAUCAACACGAUCCUUGCUGAGGAUGAAUAUCUGCAGUAUUAUUCGAGCAACAUCAAAAUCGAAAAGUUCUGGAAUGAGCUUAAGAACUCAGAACUGUACAAUGCCUUCGCCAAGAACUUGUUGGAUAAGCUUAUUCAAAGAGGAUGUACUGAGCAUACAGAAAUAUUUAUGAAAAGUCAUAGAGCCCAGCUUGAUAAGGAGUAUGGUGAACUGAGAGAGAAGCUUAUUAUCAAAUUUGGCACAAAGAUGAGGAUCACACAACAAGAAAUGGAGAGAGCUAAGCUGGAGAUUACAAGCAAUGUGAAAGAGAUACAGAAACUUCAGAAUACUAUAACUAAGCUUACUAAUGAUCUUAACAUAAGUGAGCAGGCUCGUUUAGAACUUGAGAAGAUAAGAACAGACUAUGAGAAGGUUAAGAAAGAGCUUGGCCAAGUUAAACCUGAGUGAGAAAAACUCAAACUUGAGUUUGCCAAGAUCAAGCCUGAAUUUGACAAGAUUAAACCAGAAUUAGAGAAGCUUAAGCCUGAGCUUGAAAAUACAAAGAAGCAAGUAGGAACACUCCAGAAUGAGAAGAAAAAGCUUACUGAAGAUCUUGCCAAGAUUACCAAUGCAGUCAAAGCAGAAGAAGCAAAAGUAGCUGUUGAAAAGAAGAGUAAAGAUGCGAAUGAAAAGAAGCUCCAAAGUGUCCAGGCAAGCUUAAACAAAGAAAUAGCAGAUAAAGAAGCUCUUAAGAAAGAUCUUAAUAGAUUCGCAGAAGAGCAUAAAAGUUUGACUGAAAAUUUAGCAAAAGCUGCUGAAGAGAAGAAGGCAAUUGAAGAUAAUCUCAAUAAGGAGGUUGCUGCCAAAGCCAAAGAAAUUCAAGCAAAAGCCAAAGUUGCAAAGGAUCUUAAAAAUGCUGGGGCGAAGAUUGCUCAACACGUCAAGGAGAUCACAACUUUGAAAGCUGCAGUUGAUAAGCUCACUGCUGAAAAAGCAGAUUUGCAAAAGAAGAUUCCAGCAGGUAAAUAAUCACCAGAUCAUACCCCAUCACUAAAAUUUCAAC